UGUCGGCGGUGCAAAAAAUUGUAUGUACAGAGAAUGUCCUUAACAUUCUCGAUCCAUAGCGUAUAAUUUUAUGAUCGAAUAAAGUUCCGAUUCUGCGAUCGUGAUAUAGUGGUACGUAUAUGUGGCCGGGGUUCGGAUACGAGUGGAAGAGGGUAUGUUCUUAUGGGGUAGCUCGAGGGCGGUAACCUUUGCCGGGGAAUGGAGACUGAGAGCGUAAAAUCGGGGGCUAGCGAGCAUAGCCAUAGCCAUCAUAGCAGGACUUCUCAAAAACAUCAUCGAACUCAUAGUUCCAAGUCUCAUCAUAGGCAACACUCACAUAGAAGUACCAGGACCAGUCGCAGUCAAAGAAAAGAGAGACAUAAUUUAGAUACCAGCGAAAUGGCUCCUUUCCAAACAACUGUUAACGUAAGAGGUGACAGUGUGGAUAAUUUGGGUCAAGAAGUGAUCGAAGUACAGAUAUUACCCCAAGAUGAGAAUUGGGGUGAAAAUACAACAGCUGUUACUGGAAAUACCUCUGAUAGAUCAGAAUCAACUGAAGAUGUGAGCCAUUGGCCAAAUGAAAGUGACGGAUCGUUUAGUUCCUGUAAUCGAUUUGUGGGUCCUGUUAUAGCAAUGAUAAUUGGAUUAAGCGCCUUUCUUAGCCCCAUAGCUAUGGUUAUAAUGCCUAAAUUAGGAUUUUUUCCCAACUGUACAACUGUAUUAACAAUGCAACAAAAACUACAAUUGCGAUCAUGUAAUGCAGAGUGUAAAGGCCAAUUAUUAGGCUUAGCCUUUAAGUUGGUGCUACUAGGUAUUGGGAGUUGGGCAGUAUUUUUACGCUCACGAAAUGCUACUAUGCCUCGUAUAUUCUUAUUCAGAACUGGAGUACUACUUUUAACCACCUUGUGUAUUUCUACUUAUUGGUUAUUUUAUGUUGUUCAGGUCACAGAGAGUGCUAAGACUGCUGCUAAUGGUGAGAUAACAGAGUACAAAAAUUUAGUAAAUUAUGCUGGUACUCUUACAGAUACUCUACUGUUCAUACACUAUAUUGCUAUAUUACUCAUUGAAAUCCGGCAUCAGCAACCUAUGUUUUACCUUAAAGUUGUAAGAUCACCAGAUGGCGAAUCGCGAUCUUUUGCAAUUGGACAAUUGUCGAUACAACGAGCAGCGGUGUGGGUGUUGGAAAGGUACUAUACAGAAUUUCCUAUCUAUAACCCAUACUUGGAACGACUGCCUGUAUCUAAGUCUGGUAGGAAACAAUCUAGCUUCAAAUUUUAUGAAGUUGAUGGUGGAGUAACCAGCGGUGUUCAAUCACGGGGAGGUAGUGGUGACAGAGCAGUCAUGCCUACUCAGACACGACGUAGAGACUCUAGCCAUAAUGAACGUUUUUAUGAAGAACACGAUUAUGAACGCAGAGUUAGAAAACGCAGAGCAAGAUUAAUCACUGCCGCUGAAGAAGCAUUCGCGCAUAUUAAGCGUUUACAUUCAGAGGUAGACUCAGCUCCUAAUCCAGGUCCCAUGGAUCCUAUGGAAGCUGCACAAGCAGUAUUUCCAUCUAUGGCCAGAGCCUUGCAAAAGUAUUUGAGAGUAACACGGCAACAACCGCGUCACUCUGUAGAAUCUAUUUUAAGUCGACUUGCACGGUGUUUAGCUCAAGACGCAGCGCCGCGUGCAUUUCUAGAACCUUUUUUUGUAACAAGUCCUGUACUUUCGAAUGAAAAGGAGAGACAAAAACGCUCACACAACUGGGCCUUAGUCUGCGAGGGAGAGUUACCUUCGCGACCUCUUGCUAACGGUUGCGAAUUUCAAUUAAGACAAGGUGAGGUAGCUCUUUUAUGUACAGCAUAUCACUUACCUCACUUUCAUCUUACAGAACAGCUUGCGCAUCCGAAAUCCAAUAAAUUCCUACUGAGAUUAAAUUCUGAAACGUCGGUCUAG